GUGCGCAGUACAACAGCCUGGAGGCAGACCAUUCCGACCUCAACCUCAGAGCCGAAGCGGCCCUGGCGGAGCAGGCAGCAUUGACCACAGAGCAUCGGCGUGUGGUUGAGGAGGUCCAGCGCUUGCAGAGCCAGACAGAGGGAAGACAGUCGCAGAUUGAGCCGGAGCUGUUGCAGCUGAAGGCAGAGAAGGAUUUGCUGGCCAAGCAGGUCAAACAGCAGGAAGAAUACCUCCAGUCCCGGCAGGCCGACUUGAAGGCUGACGCGGAGCGUUUGCGUGAAGAAAACCUCGCGCGAGCUGACGAGUGGAAGGCGAUGAUGGCAGAGCUCAGCGAGCUCCGCGGCAGCCGAAGCUCGCUGGAGACGAAGUGCGGUGGCUUGACGGACCAGGUGAAGUCCGCGCAGGAAGAAUGUGAGAAGCAAAGAGGGCUUGCGCAGCGCACAGCUUUGGAGUGCGAGUCUCUGAGAGCUGAGCAGCAGCAGCUCCAGAAGAAGGCCCGACAAGCUUUGCUCCGGCCAGAGCAGCACUGCAGCCUGAGUUGGAAGUUCAAAGAGCUUCAUGAAUACAGUGGCGGCACCAGCAAGGGCAUCUUCCUGCAAGCUGCGGAUCUGCCGCCGCCAGGGCCGCUGCGGGACGCGGUGAUCCUGCGUCUCUUCGGCUCGCCAGACCCGCGGCAGAUUGAUGGUCUGGGAGGGGCGGACACGCUUACAAGCAAGCUGGCCAUUGUUGGACCACCGUCAGUGCCAUCGGCCGACGUGGACUACACCUUCGGCCAGGUGUCCUUUGUAGAAUCAAAGGUUGACUAUGGUGGCAACUGCGGCAACAUCUCUUCUGCCGUCGGACCUUUCGCAGUUGACAAGGGCUUGCUGCAACUCACGCCUGGCGAGACGCAGCGCGUGGUGCGCAUCCAUAACACCAACACUGGCGCACUGCUGCUCUCGACUGUUCAGCUUGGCGAGGGAGGAGCAAUGGUGACUGGCGAGGCAUGCAUCGCUGGGGUGCCGGGCAACGGCGCAGCGGUGGACUUGGACUUCUCGGCGACACAGGGCAGCGUCACGGGCAAGCUCUUGCCCUCCGGGCAGCUGCGAGAUCUCUUGCAAGUGCCUAGCGGCGCUGAUGGCGCUGAUGGCGAGGAGGUGGAGGUGUCACUCAUAGAUGCAGGCCAGCCCAUGGUUUUCAUGCGCGCCGCUGACCUGUUCCAGUCGGAGGUGGCCAAAGCGUCAAUGCGCGAGCAGUGUGAGGCUUUGAAGAAGAACCAGCAGCUUCUGGAUCGGGUCGAGCGAAUCCGCGGCGUGGCAGCUGUGAAGAUGGGCAUCGUGAAGCAAUGGCAGGACGCUGAGAGAGAUUCGCCCUACACGCCCUUCGUGGCAGCGAUAUCGCCCCCGUCAUCCCAGGAGGAGGACUUUGGCUCUUUGUGCGUCUUCAUGCAGAAAGUCCACCAGGCCUAUCCUGUGACAGGGUCGGUCGCCACCGCGGCGGCAGCCUUGCUGAAGGGAAGCAUCCUGCACGAUGUGGGCUUGCCCUUCAACACAAACGCCGAUGGCUCCAGCGAAGCGAUCGUUCGCAUCGGACAUCCAAGCGGUGCAGCACGGCUGACUUUGUGCAAAUCAAAACCCAAAGCAUGGAAAAGGUGGAUUCCUCUGCCAAAUGCUAAGAUGCCGGUUAUUUGGGUCCAUGUGAAUGAACCCAAGGAUCCGUCGUAUACAACUGCUAAAAUGCUCAUUACUUGA